GUAUCCUCUCAAGCCUCUCUGCGACCACACAAUCAUUAGAACGACCACUAAAGCGAUCACUAGAACGCGCACACUUAGCCUGAUAUUUAUUAAAAUAUGGCAUGGUGCAUUUGCCAUUUUCAAAUAAAUGACUUUAUACAAGUUAUUCCAAAUAAUUGGAUAAUUAGUAAACGGAAAUGUGCGUGGCCAUCAUUGACGACAAAAUUAUCUGAGCUUAUUAAAAAAAGAGAAAUUCCAACAGAUGAUUGGGAAACAAUGAGGAUCAAAGUUUUAGCACAAUAUGACAACUAUGAAAUAGCUCAAACAAUAUACAAAACAACAUUCCAUAGAGAUAAUCUCUCAUCACUAUCUGAGUCUGUUGAAUAUGGAAAAGGACUUCGUGUACCGAAAUCUGAAAAAAAAUACAGUGAUAGAGACACUGAUACGGAAAACAAGUGUAGCGAAGAGGAAUUGUCCAUUAAUUUUCCGAUAUAUAAAGCAGAUAAAACUAUAUUUUCACCAAAUUCGGCACAUAAAAAUUCAGCUAAUAAAGCACAUAGCAAUAAAUCGAAUAAUAAUGUUUACCAAGUCGGCGAAAGCAAAAAGCAACAUUCUGAUAAUAUUUUAGCUGAGAUCCAUACUAAUUUUCAAAAACACGCAGAUGAAACAAAAGAUUUUCAACGCCAAGUUCUACAAUACCUACAUAGCAUUGAUGGCCGAAUGGAAAAAUUAAAUGAGUACGUAGAAUCAUUAAAGCAGCCUAAUUUUCCCGUUGAUCAAGAAAAUGCUAAUCAAAAUAUGACAAGUGAACAAUUAUUACAAUUUACAACAUGCAUUGAAAGAUUGCCAGUGAAAUCAGACAACGAGCUUCAAGAAAUUGAGAAAAUUUUAGAAAAUAAACCAAUAUUCUAUAACGUGGCUACAGAAUUGUCAAAAAUAGGCGGUAAUAAUCUACAAAUCAUUGUCAAGCAAGUGAUGUAUCGAAUUUUAACACCCAAAGUUGGAAGAAAAUAUAACUGGGGUAAACGUAAGCAAAAACUUGCUUUUAGGGAUUUAUUUUUGGCGAAAUUAGUCCUUAUAUCCGUCAGAUUCACCAUGAUGAAACGUUAUGUAAAUAUAAUAGAUGAUGAAAUUAUCAUAUGCAUUAGAGAUUGGUUGUCAGAAGCCAAAUAAAAAACAAAACAAUCAGUGCAGCCAAAU